AUGGUGUCCUCUCCAUCCAAUAACACCAAUCUCCAAGAUAUCAAGUACAUUCUGAUUGGUAUCCCAGGACUGGAGAACUCACAUAUGUGGAUCUCCAUCCCCAUUUGUUCAAUGUACCUUGUAGCCAUCAUUGGCAACAGCUUCUUGAUCUUCCUUAUCAUCAUUGAGCGUAGCCUCCAUGAGCCUAUGUACUUGUUCCUCUCUAUGCUGGCCCUGGCAGAUAUCCUGCUCUCCACAACAACAGCACCCAAAAUGUUGGCCAUUUUCUGGUUCCACCAUGGAGUUAUCUCCUUUGGCAGCUGUGUGGCCCAAAUGUUCUUCAUCCAUCUCAUUUUUGUGGCAGAAUCAGCUAUUCUGCUGGCCAUGGCAUUUGAUCGUUACGUGGCUAUCUGUUACCCAUUGAGAUAUACCACCAUCCUGACCCCCUCAGUCAUUGGGAAGAUUGGGGUAGCAGCUGUGGUUAGAAGUUUUCUCAUAUGUUUUCCUUUUAUCUUUCUUGUGUACAGGCUUACUUAUUGUGGACAAAACAUCAUUCGCCACUCCUACUGUGAACACAUGGGCAUAGCUAGGUUAGCCUGUGACAACAUCAAAGUCAAUAUCAUCUAUGGCCUGACCAUGGCUCUAUUGUCUACAGGUCUAGAUGUCUUGCUCAUCAUUAUUUCCUAUUCAUUGAUUCUCCUUGCUGUCUUCAAUAUACCUUCUUGGUCUGCCAGGGUCAAGGCUCUUAAUACCUGUGGCUCCCAUAUCUGUGUGAUUUUAAUGUUCUACACCCCAGCCUUCUUUUCUUUCUUUGCUCACCGCUUUGGAGGCAAUACCAUUCCCAGGCACAUCCAUAUCCUAGUGGCCAACCUUUACGUGGUGGUACCUCCCAUGCUCAACCCCAUCAUUUAUGGAGUAAAGACAAAACAGAUUCAGGACAGGGCAGUUCAGAUCAUCUCCUCCAUUAGGACUUGUUGCUAA